AUAUUCGGCUGUCUCCUCCACUCACUUGCUCUGACACGUCACCACAGACAACCGCAUCGCAAUGGCCAGCUUGCCCACCGAUGCCCUCAGGACAUACUCUGACAAGCACCCGAAGCCAAACAACCUUCGCUUCCAGUAUGGUACUGCUGGAUUCAGGACGCUCGGAAAUGUGCUGGACUCCGUCAUGUUUAGAGCAGGCGUGCUGGCAGGCCUGCGUAGCAAAAGAAUGGAUGGAAAGACUAUCGGUGUCAUGGUGACUGCAUCGCACAAUCCUGAACCGGACAAUGGCGUCAAGCUUGUUGACCCCCGGGGAGAAAUGCUGGAAACAUCUUGGGAAGUUCAUGCGACGGCCCUCGCCAACGCACCCACGACCGACGCGUUCAUUGAGGCUCUGAACCAAUUUGUGAAGACGCUGAAGAUCGACUUGUCGAAGCCUGCCAAGAUUGUCUAUGCCAGAGACACUCGGCCGUCUGGCGCCGCGCUCAUAUCUGCGCUUGAGGAUGGAAUUAAAGCUAUCGGCGCUGAGGGACGCAACGCAGGUGUUACGACCACUCCAGUUCUCCACUAUCUCGUAAGAGCGAUUAACACAAAGGGUGAAUAUGGCAAAGACUCGGAAGAAGGCUAUCUGAUCAAGCUCAGCACCGCUUUCAAAAAGCUCGUGGCUGGCAAACCUUCGCCUCCCCCGCUCGUUGUUGACUGCGCUAACGGCGUUGGCGCUCACGUUGCUAGCAAGCUAGCCGAGUACUUAGGUGACUCAUUACGAUUGAUCCCUGUCAACACGUCCACAACCACACUUGGAACGCUCAAUCAUGACUGCGGUGCUGACUAUGUCAAGACCAGUCAGAAGUUGCCUCCGUCGCUUGCAUCUGUCUUGAAGCCAGGACAGCGCGCUUGCAGUCUUGACGGGGAUGCAGACAGACUGAUCUAUUACUACCUUGAUGACCGAGGCCAGUUCCACAUGCUUGAUGGUGACAAGAUCGCAGCCCUCGUUGCUGCGUUCAUUGUUGAGCUCACUAAAGCGGCUGGCUUGGAAGACCAGAUUAAGGUCGGCAUUGUCCAGACAGCGUACGCUAAUGGCGGCUCUACGAAAUAUUUGUCCGAGCGUCUACCGGUCAAGUGUGUUCCGACCGGCGUGAAACAUCUUCAUCAUGCGGCGGAGAAGUACGACGUUGGCGUCUACUUCGAAGCUAAUGGUCAUGGUACCGUCCUCUUCUCCCCAGAGAGCCUGAACAUCCUAUCGAACCAUCAGCCAUCCACUCCUGCUCAGUCUACCGCGCUUAACCAUAUUAUCAACCUCACGGAUGUAAUCAACCAGACUGUAGGAGAUGCGCUGUCUGACAUGCUCCUGGUGGAGGUCGUACUCGCCCACAAAUCGUAUAGUGGGGAAGAAUGGAAUUCGCUCUACGUUGAUCUCCCCAAUCGGCUGGUCAAGGUCGUUGUCGCCGAUCGGCACAUCUUCAAAACAGAAGACGCUGAGCGUCGCCUCGUUAGUCCUCCCGGCAUACAAGCUAAGAUCGACGAGCUGGUGCGGAGAUAUGAGGGCGGACGCGCCUUCGUGAGACCAAGCGGGACGGAAGAUGUGGUUAGGGUGUAUGCUGAGGCCAUGGUCAAAACCCAAGCGGAUGAACUUGCGUUCCGUGUGGCUGGGCUUGUUUACGACGAAACGGGGGGCGACCCAGUUCGUCGGCCGGUCGAGUUCCUGUGAAGACACUUGGAGAAGAAGGAAAUCUGAGAAUUCAGACUGUCAUUGUACUGUAGUGUAUAGGCUGCCGGGACUGUCAUUCGUUGCUCACCCUCGU